AUGCGACAUUAUACGUAUUAUCAUGCGUGGGUAAGUCAUUUUCGUCGUAUCUCGCGGAAAGCCUUGUCUUUUUUCUUUCAGUUGGACCUCCUAAUCAUUCUGUGGUUCUUCCUGUACGGUGCGGAUGAGGAAGAGAAACCAAUAAACGUGAACAUCCUCAACGAAAUCGGUCCGGCCUUCCACAAGUUCAUCAGAUUGGCCGCUUACAGUCCCGGGCUGCACGGCUACUCCUACCUUUGCUUCGCCAUCGGCUAUUUUGCAUUUCCCGUCUGGCUCGCCACGUUGCACACUGUCGUCCGAAUCAUUGCAGUGAGUGUUUGUGAAUGUUCACUUGAGUUGAGCACAUUUUUCCAGACACUCCUAGUGCUUUUUCUGUAUUGGCCGGAAGUCGUAGAGACGCUCAUUGAAGAAAACGCUGCAAUUUGUCGAGGAAAUGAGGAGGGCAAUGGGCGAAAUGAGCAUGACGAUGACGGUGACGACGAUGAAGAGGAUGAAGAUGAAGAAGAAGAUGACGAUGAUGUAGACGAAGCGUACGAGUACGAUAUUAUCGAUAACCAGAUCUAA